AUGGCCACCACGGGGCGACGAAGCAUCCGAGAGAACACGAGGAGUUGUUUUGAAGACGAAGCAUCCGAGAGAACACAUGGAGUUAUUCUGAAAGCAGCAAAAGAGAGUUUUGGAGCGACUGUUGACGCUGCAGAGCAAGAUGUGAGGAAGAAUGUGAGUUGUUUACUGAUCGAUGCUUUCUUGAUUUUCGCAGGCGAAAUGGCAAAGAAAAUGCAGGUUCCUUGGGUAACCCUCUGGGUACCCGCUCCGUAUUCGUUAGUGGCGCAUGUGUACAUUGACGUCAUAAGUGAGCUCCUUUGUGAAUCCUCCGGCGGUGGCACCUCUACCGACGACGACGACAAAAGCCUCGGAGUAAUUCCAGGAUUAUCUAUGAUGCGCAUUUCAGAUUUACCUAAUGAGAUAAUUGAUGACCAGGAUACAUCAAGGAUUGCGUGCCUACUACGUGAGAUGGGGCGUGUGAUCCCAAUUUACGCCACUGCUGUCGUCAUGAACUCCUACGCCAAAGUGAACCCAAGACCUCUGAUAGCGGAUCUUAAAUCCAAGUUCAAGAUGCUCCUCCAAGUGGGGUGCCUCACUGUGUCAUUCCUCCUGUCGCCGCUGCCAUCGAGCUCUGCCUCUGACACAACCGGUUGCUUGACGUGGCUUGAUGCUCGAGACCCUCGGUCUGUGGUGUACAUAUGCUUUGGGACGGUGGCAAUGCUGUCUUCAAGUGAGGUAUUGGCUCUUGGGGAAAGCUUUGGAGUCUACUAA